UGCUAAACAGCCUCGAUAUCCGGAAAUUAACAAUCCCGUGAUGUCAGGGGGAGUGCUAGCAUAGCAUCGGAGUAACCGGAGUGCCUUUCUCGAUUUAGUCUUAAAAGUUAUUCCCCAGUUACUGUCAGUUAACAUUUCAGCUCCGUUAUCGUCUACCGACAUGGGUUUAACCAGGUGGAAGGCUGUCGGCGGCUGUAUCCCUCUGCUCGGACGUUAACGGGACGAAGGCUCCGUACAGGACCUAACGGGAUGCCGCUCGGUUAGCCUCUCUGGAGCCUGAGGUCAGAGUUAUGCGCCACACAAGCUAGCAGGCUAAUUAACAACGCUGUGGCAAAGUAAUUUACAAGCUGUUCGGUGGAGAAAAAAAUGGCGCAGUUUGUGUUGGAGCAACUGUCAGAUUUCAGGGACUACACUGGCAGUCAGGAGCUGACCGAUUUAAUCAACCCGAAUAACAGCAAGCUGUCAAAUGUCCGCCUGAGCCCAGAUGGUCGUCACAUCCAUGUCAUCCUCCGCAAACCUCAGGUCGGUCUUGUGACUUUUGACAGGCAUGAAAGACCCCUGCUGGCUCAGAACCAGAAGAAGCAGGAUUUAUGGCUGACACGGACUGUGCCCAUUGUGGAUAUCUUAUAUUUGGACCAUCACAACAGUAAAGACACAGCAGUAGUAGCGGUGGUUUAUGAGAAUGGAAAAGCUGAGUUCUGGAAAUUCCAGGAGUUUAAGUCUGGCUGGCAUCUCCUGCAGACAUCAGAUUUGUGCAACAGCCCCCGGGCCAGAGUGGUGUCUGUGUGUGUUUGCUCCAAUCUUAUCAUUUGGUGUGAGGAGCGGCCGCCCUCAGAAAGCUCCCCUGCUCUCAGCUCCACAAGGAACAAGUUAAGAUACUGUGUUUGCAGACGUGACUUUGACGUGGAGGAGGGGGCUGUCAGCCUGGGAGGAGUGAAAAUCGCCCUCCACAAUAAUCCCAAAUUCACAGUGACCAGCUCAGGUGAAUAUGUUCAUCUUCUUCCCGACUUGAAAGUGAAGCCGCUGCUGAGCAUCUCCAAAUUUUUCCUCACCUGGUCCCCUCACCAUGACUCCUUCACAGUCGGCACCACGUGUAAGAACACUGCUCUGAAAAAGCUCUCAGCUAAAGAGGCUGACUUUAAGAGGCUAGUGACUGAUUGUUUGGGAUAUUUAUCAGCUCUGGAGCCACCUGAGAUCUACAACUUUUCUCCUACUGCAUGUGGAGGCCUGCUUCUGCUGCUCAGCACAGGAUGGCUGUGUCUCCUGCAAAAAGAUGGGAUGCUGCGCAAGGUAUACAAACUAGCAGACAACUGUUUGGUACAACACAGUACUCACACCAGCCUCUGCAUGUACCAGGAUACUGUGGCACUACUGAUCGGGCAAAAUCUGUAUCUGAUAGGCUUGAACUGUGGCAGAGAGCUGGAAAAGAUUGUGCUGAAGAGGGAGGGGUUACUAUAUGCAAACCAGGCUGAAAGACGGACACCUCACCUGCUCUCAGAAACUGGACUGUUUGUGGUAGUGAACAGGGAGACAGACUCCAGAGACUGCAACUCUAAAAUGAAGCCUUCUGGUUUCAGUACAGAGGAGGCUAUUCAUCCUGGAGCCCUCCUGGUGGAGGCUGUCUUUGAAGAGGCCUGUAAAUACUACCAGCAGAGGAGCCUGAGCAGCGCCCAGCUCACAGUGGACAUACUGAAAAAAGGAGGCAGAUUCCAAGCUCCCAUCUCUGUAGCCUCCAUCCUCAGGAACUAUCUCAACACAGGGUUGAAGCAGAAGGGAGCAGAGCUGUCCCAGAAUGGAGGAGGUGAAUUUGUGGCAGGACAAGAUAAGCUAAUGGGCUCUCUGGAGGUGGAGCUCAAGGCUUUGAUCUCUCUGGAAGAGCUAAAGGGGAGUUUAGUGAGGGGAGGUGUUAAAGAGGUGGAGGCAGUGUGUGAGAGUCUAGUGGAGAAAGAAGUACUGAGGCUGCUGUCAUCUUCUGAGCUGGAUAAAGAGGCUCUGCUCUACCUCAACUCCAUCUUCAGCAUCUUCCCCUGCCAGGCGUGGAGGGCAGCACAGGCUGCUCUACAGCUACACUACAAUGGGGAGGGCUGUCUGUCCAGCAGGGCUCCACCAGAUGUGUGGAAAACUGUCCUCAGUCCUGCUCUGAGUUCCAGCUCGAUAGCCUCUCUUGCAUUCACAAACGGCGGGACAAAACACAAUCACAGCCUUAAAGAUGAUCGCAUUGCCAACUGUAAAGCCAAACUUACGAGCUCCACUACCCCAACUGCCCUGCCUGUAUUUGAGCUCCUCUGCCAGUCAGUUUUUCACUUCCAGCCCAGCUGGCUGCCCAGGUUCCUCGAGCUCGCCCAGCAGCAGCAGGGUUCUGCAGGUUUGGGCCUGAGCCUUGCUUCUUCCUCCUGGAGCUUUUCCAGCGGGAGAGGAGGGGAGGGAGGGGAGCACAACAUGCCGCUCUACAAACGAGCACUGUGCAUCUUGUCCAGCUUGAACCCAGACAGAGACCAGCAUCAGGACUUAGAGGUGGAGCUGCUGCUGGUCAGUGGGCGGCCCAACGCCAUCCUGCAGGCACUGAGGAUCCUCAUGGGCUGGCAGCAGUGGGAACGGGUCACCCAGGUGGCCCAGAGAUUCUGCAAGCAGAGUCCGCUGCUCAACAAGGAGAUUUUCACUAUUCUGCUGCGCGAGGUGGCCCAUCACAGGGACCUAGAUCCCUACCUGGACCUGCUGUGGACUCUCUGCCCUGAGGACUUCACCGUCACCAACAUCCUCAACUUGGUGCUAAAAAACCUCCCGUCUCCCAACGCUUCCUCUCAUUCCACUUCUUUCUCCAUGUCCGGUACAAACUCCCCAUCUCCCGCUCCUUUUGCAGACUCCCACAGCAGCCAGCUGACCAUCGGGCUGUUGAAGCCCCUGCUGAGAAAAGUGCUCCAGAGGGAGACCAAGCCGAGCCAGCGCUACGUCGACAUCCUCCAGUCACCGUCAUUCCCCCCUGCAGCUCCUCCUCGCCAGCCGAAUGUUCAGGCCAGCACUGUCACAGAUCCCACUACGGACUCAGCUCUGUGCAACAACAUUGCCCCGACUCUUCCUGAAGAAACACCUGAACAGCCGUCGUCCACACAUGCAACCAUUAAAACAGGCAGAGUGGCACUACCUGCAGACCCAGUUUGAUUUCUAUAAAAAUGAACAAGAACAAUUAAACAAAGAACAAAGCCUGUCUCGUGAAACAUUCCACACAUAAUCCAAACCACAGUGUGACUCAGUGUUGACGAUCAUAUCAAAGCAGAAUAUCCGUAUGUUACAAAUAUAAUGCAACUAAUUGUCACAUUUGAUGUUUUUUUUUUUUAAACAAAUCGCUAAUGUGACUUAGAAUAUGACUACUAGUUCCUGUGAAAUGACAUCUGAAGAUUCUACCAGUGUAAAUACUUGGGUUAAUUUUUAUCCUUAAUGUGUAUAAACUGUAUCUGCAAUGUUAUUUAUCUCUUAAGCCUUAACUGCACGUGGAUGAGAAUGUUCUUGCAUUUAGUAACCUAUGUCAGAAUAACAUCAAAACAUCAUACUUUACUGUAUUAUGUUUUGAUUAUGUAUUUGCUAACGCGACUGCUAAGUUGAAGAACAAGCCACAUGUUCUUAUUCCUGUGUAUUAGCGUGAUGAGUUGGGGGGGAAAAAAGAAAAUAUUCUGCUAAUUGUAGCCAACUAUAGCUUCCUUUCACUCGAAAAAAGAAAAUAUUCUGCUAAUUGUAGCCAACUAUAGCUUCCUUUCACUCGCUCAAGUGUGUUCAUGCUGCAGGUAAUCUGCUGUGUAAUUUCGGACAACUUGGCUUUUGUGUGUAAACAUUUGUUUAAGUGAGGUAUGGUUUGGAAGGGGAAGGAGUGGAGACGAGGAGGGGGUUCAAGGUUCCUUUGCUGACUUUUAGUUUUAUAAUUAGCUUAUUAAACGAGCUUAAACAUUAACCAUGUUUUAAUUGGCUCAGCUGGACUAUGUGACGUCUGUAAAGCAAACCCCAAACAGCAUGCCUGUUCAUCUUUUGCCUGUACUUUUCCAUUCCUGUCAUCCAUUUUUUUCUCCUUAGACUCCAUGUUGUCCGCUCUGCUCCCUCACAGGACAUUCCAGACGGAAUACCCCGUAGAAGUGACUCACAGUUCGAGGUUAAAUUCAAUUUCAGUGGUAAUUCUGUUAAGAUUCGAGUGUGUGUGGGAUGUAUUGUGACUAAUGCAAGCACCCUGCUGCUUGCAUAAGGUCACGUAUGUCCUCCUUUGUGGAUCCAGUGAGGGUAAUGUUAUUACACAUGAUGGGCCCUCUGUCUUCUUGCCCCUGCUAGUUGUGCUCUGAAACUGAUUGCACUUUUGUAUCUUACCAUACCAGUCAGUAUUGUUUGUACCCUGCUUGUGGUGCAUCUGUUGAAAUGAAUGUUUUCUGAUUAAGUGCUCUAAACAGGGGUCUGUUAAUGUGCCUGUUAUUGUUGCUGCUGCCUUUAUUACCCUUUGGGUGGUCCAUUUAGCUGGUUUUAUUCAAAGAAAGUGGGGUUUUUUUGUAUAUAAAUGUGCAGCGCCCCCCCCCCCCCCCUAUUUAUUUUCCAACAAUUUUUGGAAGACUACUAAAAUGAUAACCCCAGACCCAUUGCAUUGUAAGUUCCACCUCCUAAGCGUUCGGUGACAAUCAGACUCUAAAAUGCUGCAGAACAAUCCGAGUGCCUUUCACAGUGCUGCUCUUCAUUUACAGGGUAGAGUCACAUUUCCCACUGCGUCUCCUCAGCUGCAGUUGUAUUCUGGAGAAAGAACACGAGGUGGUUGAGAGGAUGUGUUUUCUGUAUUGUAGAGUACAGUGGAUUUUUUUUAAUGCAAUCAGCUCUUGAUGUUUGGAUCAGAUUUUCAAUCAUAGGCCGGUGUGACACUUUAAUUUCAAUAUGAGGCUCUCUGAUUUCUCACUCAAGUGUAAAUUGUGUCUUUCCAAGAUCUGUACUCUGGCUAACAACACAAGACAAUCUGUGCAGCUGUGAGUUUCGCUGUGUGUUAGGCGUGUGCCAGCCAAUCUGAGAUUUACCGGGAACUCCCUAAUGUCCUCAUGCAGGUCACAAACAGCGUCAUAAUGACUGCUGGGAUGUUAAAUAUUAAUCUGCCUUAAACUCGGGCUCUGGUUGCUCUUAACAAAUAGGAAUUCCUCCUGUUUUUGCUUGACAAAGCUUCAUAUCUACAAUGUAACUGUUUACUCCUGGUGAUGCUCACUUUUAGGCAGUAUAUUAAAAAAAAAAGUAAAAGUAUUUAUGAACAAAUGCUGUAUAUGCCAUUAAAGUGAAGAUAAAAUCUC